UUGUUGUCUAAACCUAGCUAAGUAGUUUUGUUGUCUAAACCUAACUAAGUAGUUUUGUUGUCUAAACCUAGCUAAGUAGUUCAGUUGUCUAACCCUAACUAAGUAGUUUAGUUUUCUAAACCUAGCUAAGUAGUUUUGUUGUCUAACCCUAACUAAGUAUAGUUGUCUAAACCUAACUAAGUAGUUUUGUUGUAUAAACCACAGCUUCAUCACUGUGUUUUUAAUAUCAAUCAAUAAAAGUAUUGAUAAGUAUUAGUAUCAAUUAAAUCCUAGCGAUGCACAUCCUUAUAGCUGUUUUAUCCUCCAGCUUCCUGGCGCUGUGUGUGUGUGUGUGUGUGUGUGUGUGUGUGUGUGUGUGUGUGUGUCACAGGUCAGCAGCAGCAGUGUCAGUGUGGUUGUGGUGUUGGUUCUGGUUGGGUUGGUGCCUCCGGUCACAGCAGCGGUCCUCGUAAUUGACCAGCUGACCUGAUGUUUUUGUGUCUCUGCAGCUCUCAGAAGGAGGCGACUCUGCAAACUCUCUCGGCUGCAGGUCCACAGUUCGGUCCGGUUGAGGUCUCCAGAGUCUGGUCUGCAGCUCCAGAGUCGAGAGUCGGCGGUGGAGAACAUCUACCAGAUAGACGAUGGAGGCGAGUACGAGUACUGCCCCUGAGCCCGUGAGCCCACGAAGCUGACGCACGGAUGCCGACGAGAACUCUUCACCUGGAUUUAGGAGGCGUUCAGGGUCCUUCAGUCCCUCAGACUGCCAGCAGAGGAACAACCAAUGAGACGUUCAGGGAGACACCGUGGACUACAACUCCCAGAGAGCAUUGCUGUCAGAGGCCUGCAGCCGGACAGAAAUGUAGUGAACGCUGCGUUUACGUCACAUGUGAUGACUGGACUUCUGACAUGAAGAGAUGUAAUCACAACAAACUGAUAGAAAAGAUGCAGAAAGGACUAAAUAAUGAUGUUGAUCUGUAACAUGUUUGAAAUCCGAGGCUUCUGGGUAAUGUAGGAUUCAGACAAAACAUGAUUACUGAGAAGAAAGAGCGAGGACGCAGGACACAGUUUUCCCUAAGCCUCAUGGGUAAUGUAGUGUUUGAAGAGAGUCUGCUGAAUAAAGCUGGUGUAACUCGCGUUCAGUCCUUUCUCUCCUCAGACUGACAUGUCAUCAGUCUUCGUACUUUAAAGGUGACGACACAAAGGAAACAGAAACUCGUCCAGUCAGACGGGUCAAACCUGUCUGUCUGAAACCUGUGUCUCACACACACACACACACGCACACACACACACACACACACACUCAGAGGUAAGAUCGCGAUCUCUCUUCUUUGGGUUUAUCGUAUCUAACCGUACUGAUUGUUGACUGUUGAUUACUGAUGAAGACGUGUCUCUCAGCGGGAGGAUGACGGUGGUCUGGACUCAGCCUCAGUCUCUGGUUCCGUCCUCUCAAGAAGACGAAUGGACUUCUGGGAUCUGUGAAUGCUGCCUGGACAUGAAAGACUGCUGCUAUGCGUUCUGGUGUUGUCCGUGCUUCGCCUGUAGAACCAGUAGACGGUUGGGUCAGAGUCUCUGUCUCCCUCUGCUGGACGUCUGUGGAUGUAUCCGUCCAAUCACCAUGUCCAUGAGAGUCUCUGUCCGUCACCGCUACGGCAUCAGAGGCAGUCUGUGCAGAGACUGUCUGUCGUCGUCCUUCUGUCCUUCCUGUGUCUGGUGUCAGAUGUCCAGAGAGAUGAAGUACAGGAAGCUUCCCACCACGCUGAGUGGCAUCAUCCACCGCUGAUGACAUCAUCGCUGUGACUCACAUCUGUGCUCUCAUUGGUUAUAAGUGAUGCCAGUAAUCAGUGAUGUCAUUUGUUAUGAGUUUGAAGUUAAAUAUUGUUUACAUGUUUACUAAACUUCUCAUUUUACUUCUAACUAACUGAUUUGCAUAAACUGUAUUUUUGUUAUAAUUUUUUUCACAUUCUUGUAUUGUUCUCUGAUAUUUACCAAAAUAUUUGUUUUUGUACUUUUUCAUUUAUUUAAUAUGACGUAAAUAUUUUGUACAUUUUGUCCAAACACAUUGUAUUAUUUCAUCACUAACUAAAUACUUAUAUUAUAUAUUAUAUUUUAAUUGUGUACUGAGAGACUUUUAUAACAAACAACAGAA